AUGCCGCCCUGGGGCACAUACAGAAGCUCCAUGGGGUUCGUUCAACCUCAGGAGAAAGUAAUCCUUGGCACCAUGCCGGGGCAUAAGCCCAAAGCAGUAUUCAGGUUGAGGGGAAGCCGACUGACCGACAGUCAGAAACUGGCAACUACCGACAAAGUACGACGGUGGCUGACCACCAUUUUCUCAGCGAUCUGCGGGCUUUGCUUUGGUAUGCACGAUCCCCAGCGGUUCCAGGUUCCCGAAUCUCAGAUUUCAGGAUCUGCCAGGCUAUCAGAUGUGAACACUGAACAGAACAGGACAGUCACUCCUGACCCCAUAAGUGUCUCUGUUGUUGAAAUGGAGGUUCCUAUCGGACUCCUUAAGGGCGGAGCCUUGAACCAUGGUAGCACUGGGGUUGUGCUCGCCACGAGGAGAAGUAGAUCGGGUCCACACUUCAGGUCCUCCAUCAAAACCAACUACGAUUUGCUGCGCCAAGCGGAAGUUUGGUCCAGAAAAGCCCUUCUGAGUAAUCAGAACCAAUGGAAUCCCGGAGGGAACUCGUGUCUUGAGACGCCCGGCGACAGAAGCCCCGUAGAACAUCGAAACCGAAGGUUCCCAAAUUCCUUAAUCAGAGUCAAUCACCACGGGAGGGAUGGAGUAGGCAAUAUGCCCGAAUCUAAACGGCAAAAACCGAUGGGAGGGGAGGGAAAAGGGAGCAACCACCAUGAGAGAAGGCUUUGGAAGAGAAGGCUGGCUGAACGUGGAUGCAUGACGCACAUUGUGCCUGCCUUCUCAGGUUAG